AUGUCAUCUAAACAACUCGAUGAAAAGGCAGCCCCAUCGCGACAGGCGGUGGAGGAAUGGCUGGAGCGUGUUGACGACAUCACGGCAGCGGUGCGAGAUAUAUUAGACGAGGACCCCAUGGAAGCCGCACGGAAACGAGAAGAGCGGGAGGAGCGGCGGCGUCAGACCGAAGCAAACGAGGCUCGUGAAAAGAUAAAGAUGCGAUACGACCCGCGUUACUACUUUCGUUUUGAGAAUGACGAAGUCAUUGAUAAGCUACUGAAGGAGGUGGACGGUCUUAGCAACAAGAAUCGAAGUGCCAUAAUGAGAGAUGAGCUUUGCUACAGCAGAUCAGAACGUGUUUCACUAGAAGAAGCUCGUCGCCUAAAGGAUGAGGCGGCAGGAGCAGUAAAGAUGUCGGAUUGGGUGAGGGCGCUUGAGUUAUACACAAGUGCAAUUGCCCUAAAUGUGGUGGAUGAUGGGCUUCAGCGUACUCUACGCAACAAUCGUGCCCUUGUGCAAUUAAAGUUAAAGCAUUAUCUUGAGACAGUGGAUGACGCUAGCUAUGUAUUACGGGAAGAGCCAACCAAUGUCAAGGCAUUGUUACGACGGGCUACGGCUCUUAGACACCUACAUCGUCCCUUAGAUGCACUGAAGGAUGCGGAGACUGCAUUACAAAAAGAGCCAACAAGUCAAGAGGCUGCAGACCUUGCACACUGGCUUCAACGAGCAAAAAGUGAGCAUACUUCAUGUGCCGCAUUCCAGCAGCAUAAUUCCAACGAAGCGAAACGUUUAAGAGAUUCAGUGGAUAGUUUAACCACUACAGUGACUCGGUUGCGAGAAAUCCAUGCCAAGGAUGACAAAGAGGAAACAUCUUCUGUUGAAAAUGCUACUGAUAAAGAAGAGAAUGAGAAAAAGUUCAUGUUACAGGCAGCUGAAAGUGUGCGUCAAUGCCUUGAAUUAGUACAGUCGUUUCAUCGUGGUGCUGCUGUGUUGUUUACUCUCAGCAAUGGUGUUAAUUCACUGAUGAAUCUCUUUUCUAUUCUACUCUAUAAUUGUACAUCACGAUGCUUUGGGUUUCUUAUUGAUGACGGUUCGAUGAAACUUUCAACAAAUGGAAUGACAUUUGUGAUGUCUGCUCGCCUGCUGGCUUUUAUUUUGCAUGAGAGUGAAGUGGCUGCGGAUGGGCUAGAACCAUCAUCUACCAUUGCAGAAAUUACAGACAAUCUUGUAAAAAUACUGAAAGAUAUUGAACAUCAGUAUUUUUCAACUAAUUCUGCAAGUGCUACAAUUAUACUGUUAGUAGCCAUAUUACAGCUCUUGGAGGCUUUGGCUGUACGUUUUCCGUUUCAAGUGUAUACUAAUUGUAAUGAUAAGGAUUUGAGGAUAAUAUGGACGGAUAUAAUAAAACAACAUCAAGUCCCUCAGAUGCUUUUCUUUUACUCUGGUUUAUUAGAGGCGUUGUUUAGAAAGGUAUCCGUCUCUGUGGCGCUUGCGAAAGAGACAGAGGGAUUAUUAUUAGAAGUUGUAAAUUCGGCGAUUACGUCAGAAUCAGUACAGUUAAAGGAAGUUGGCCUUUCUUUAGCACUACGUAUGUCAUGUGUUAGCAGUGAAUGGGCAAAGGCAAUGAGUUCACCAGAGUUUACACAAAACCUUGCAUCUCUGGUAUCAUGGAUCCAUAAAGGAAAAUGGGAUUCUUCUUCACCACGACUAAAGGAAGCGCUUUAUGCUGUGGUUUAUAAUGUCUUUCUACAGGUGGAAUCACGGCCUCAAUACGUUGAGCAGUGGCGUAAUGCAAAAACGAAAUUGGAAAAUAUUGGUACCUCAUCUUUGUUUCUUCCUACCUGGGAUGUGCUUCGUGAGUGGGCAUUGUCUGAUAAAGUGCCAUUGGAAAGCGUAAGUGUUCAAGCAAAAAUGAUGGGUGUUCUUGUAAAGUUUUCACCAUAUGAUGAGUCUCUUCGAAAUGCGAUAUUAAAAGAUGAAGAGGGGGUAUGGUCCUUACUAGAUAUUGCUCUCAGAGUAAUUGAACCAGCUGCAGAUGAAUCCAAGACUGCAGUGGAUGAAGGCGAAAUAAAUAAGAAAGCGGCUUGGGAAAUGGCAGAACAUGUAACAACCUGUAUUGCCUCUUUUUACUCACAGAAUCUUCUUUCGCGGGAAAAGGGAUUGUCUAUUUCAAAUCGUAUCGAUACCCUGAUGCGAAUCAUUCAGUCUGCUGGCAACCAUCACCUAGUGGCACUAGGCAAUGCGGCGCUGACAGCAUCCUUUGUGCCUCCCGAUGGGUACGCCCAAUAUGCGGCCUUCAAAACUGUGGAUGUCUUGUUGAAGGGAUUGCGGGAUGCGCGGGAGCUCAAAUUUACACUAGAGCAUGAUGGGAAAAGGGGCAACCCGCAAUGGAGACAUGUCUGCGCUGCACAAAAGAACUUGGGAAUUGCGUUGUCUAGGUGUUGUACACAGGAGUCACAACGGGAGCGUCUUCGCGAACUGAAGGGCUUCGAGACGUUACAUGCUGUUCUUGAAGAAGGACUUUGA